AUGCCCGUUCUCAAACCCCUCUCGGGGUCGACCGAAGCGCCCCAACAGCACAAGCAACCGUCAAGGAAAGGCAAGAAGGCAUGGAGGAAAAAUGUCGACCUCACCGAAGUUGAGCAAGGCCUCAACGCCCUCAACGACGAAAUCAUCCGAGGUGGUGUCGCCGCCGAGAAGGACUCAGCCGACCUCUUCGCCAUCGACACCGUCGGCGAGACGGACCCCAAGAAGAAGCAGCGCGUGACCAAGACGCUGCGCGCCGACGAGAUCAUCGCCCAACGCUCCGCCGUCCCCGCCGUGUCCCUGCGCAAGCGGCCCGCCCCCAAGACCUCGGACGGCCUGCUCCCGACGAAGCGCGCCCGCAAGACUGGGUGUCGGCCGCCGAGCUCGCGCGCCUGCGCCGCGUCGCCGACGGCCAGGCGCCCUCGACAUCGACGUCAGCCCGCGACCUACGACGUCUGGGCGGCGCCGCCGCCCGUCGAGAAGCCCGUCGUCGAGCGGGCCGAGGACAACUUUAUCCCCGAGAAGGAAAUGCCCAAGCCCCCGCGCACGCUGCGCCACAAGCCCGUCUCGCUCGCGGCGUCGGGCAAGACGGUCCGCGCCGUGGCCAAGCCCAAGGGCGGCCACAGUUACAACCCCCUCUUCGAGGACUACGCCGCCCGCCUCGAGGUCGAGUCGGCCAAGGCCGUCGAGGUCGAGAAGAAGCGCCUCGCCAAGGAGGAGGAGACGCGCCUGCGCGAGGAGGCUAUUGCCCGGUCCGCUGCCGAGGCCGACGCCGCCGAGGCGCGCGCCAACCUCUCCGAGUGGGACGAGGAUUCGGCCUGGGAGGGCUUCGAGACGGAUGCUGAGGGGUCGGAUGCCGAGGGUGUAUCGGCGGCGAGCAAGCCGCGCAAGCGCAAGACAACGGUCCAGCGCAACAGAAUCAAGCGCCGCAAGGCCGAGGAGGGUCUGAAGAAGCACGAGUCCAAGAUCAAAGCCCGCGACGAGCAGACGAAACGCAUCAGGGAGAUUGCGUCCGAGAUUGCCGAGCGCGACGCCUUUGUGCAGGCCCUGGUUGCGCAACAGGCCGAAGUCGACUCUUCGGAGGAGGAGGACGACGGCGCCGGCGAGGUCGCGCUGCGGAGGAAGAAGCUCGGCAAGAGCAAGCUGCCCGAGGGUGACCUCGAGCUCGUUCUUCCGGAUGAGCUGCAGGACUCGCUCCGCAGGCUGCGGCCCGAAGGUAACCUGCUCAAGGACAGGUACAGGAGCUUGCUGGUGCGUGGCAAGGUCGAGAGCCGCAGGAGGAUCGCCUUCCACAAGGCGCCAAAGGUCAAGUACUCGGAGAAGUGGUCGUACAAGGAUUUCAGGUUAUAG